AGUGGACGAGGCGGGGAUCUAAGAGCGAGGAUCACCCAUCGACAAAGCUCAGAAUCAUCAUCAGUUGAACGGCGAUCAACGAAGCGCACUCGUCACAUUAUAUAGAACGGCUCUAAUUUAGCCAGCAGCGCGCCGAGGAUGGUCUCGUUGGGCCCCGGCUUCUAACUUCUAAUCACACCCGUAGUCAUCGGCUUCAAUAUAUCGCGGUAGCUUAUCUGUAUCUGUUCACGCAUCUACUUGCGGCCACCAUCAGACGCACGAAUCACUAUGUCCGAGUGAUAUUUAUUACUAGUAUAGUAGAUCAUCGAUCAUGAUGCAUUGCACCAACGGCCCUCUUCACGACAUGGAAGAAAGUAUAGUGAACCCUCAAGUCGCUGCAGAUGAUAAACUGCCCGAAGACCUUCCUCACAGGCGUCGAAACGCUGCGGUUAAUAUCACGCGGACGAAAGAAGCCCUCCAAAAAAUUGAUCCCGAUGAGGACCGUAAAUCUUCUAGAUCUAAUGAAACCACGGCCGUCGGUGAUGAUAUUCGGCGAAGCAUAUCGGUUGACAAAAUACGGGAUCUGAUGCAGCAAAUGGAAAGUGAUGUUAUGGAACAAGUCGGCAAUCAAAUCAAGCUGAUGAUGUCCGAAGUUUUGCAGCAAUUGGAGGAAAUGCAGCCUGGGAAACAGGCGGACGAUUUAUUUCAGGAGACAACAAAAUAUAGUAACAGGCAAAAAUCGUUGAAUGAUGGAUCCUUACCGGAGAAGAAAUUUUUAAUGAGGAAUUCUUUACUCACAGACUUAUUUAAAAUCAAACAUAUAAAAACAAUUUAUCACAUAUUUAUAGUCAUUCUAAUUAUUCUAUUCAUAAACACUGCAGUCUAUGACAUCGUGGAUACCGGUUCAACUAAUUUUGGGAUAUCCACGAUAAUGACGGCUUUUGGUAAAUUUGAUAAAGUACUUUGGAUAUGGUCCGGUAUGAUGGUUUCAACGUUUGGAGUUUACGUCGCCUUCAAUACUUGGGCUCAUCAACGGAUUCAUAUUGCGCCAAAAUCUAUUCAAUUAAAGAUGUGGGAUUAUAGCUGGUUGAUCGCUUUAAUCAUCUAUCAGAUUUUAUUCAUCAUAUUCCCAGCAAAGUCAUUGCUUAUAGAAGAUCUGCCAUCAGCAUCCAGUGUUGCUGUACUAAUGGAACAGGUUCGUUUAAUUAUGAAAACGCACGCGUUUGUGAGAAGUGCAGCACCGCGUACUUUAAACUACAAACCACACACGGAACAGACAAUCGCAACAAUCUGUCCUGGAUUCACAAAGUUUUUGUAUUACUUAUUUUGUCCGACGUUGAUAUAUCGGGACGAUUAUCCACGGACGAAAGUAAUUCGAUGGCGAGUCGUAGUUUGGAGUUACACGGAAGUCAUACUGGUCGUGUUCUACAUGGCAUUUAUAUUCGAACGUCUUUUGAUACCAGUUUUUAGGCAAUUCGGCGCAAGUCCACUCGAACCGCGAGCAUUAGUGCUGAGCGUGUUUGGGACGAUGAUGCCAGGAACAUUGGCGUUCCUUUGCGGUUUUUACUGCUUACUUCAUUCCUGGAUGAACGCCUCUGCAGAACUGCUGCGAUUUGCCGACAGAAUGUUCUACAAGGAUUGGUGGAACUCAACGUCGUACGGCGCGUAUUACCGUACUUGGAAUGUCGUAGUGCACGACUGGUUGUACACAUACAUAUACAAAGAUAUGUAUGAAAUAGUUGCUCCGAGAAACAAGAUGCUUUCAACAUUGAUGGUCUUUUCAGUAUCGGCAGUUUUCCACGAAUACAUAUUAGCAUUCACGUUCAGAUUCUUUUACCCGGUAUUGUUAGUAAUGUUCGGUGGUAUCGGUUUAAUAUUAGUAUUUCUGACCCGAAAAAAUGAACAAGCUGGAGGGAACGUUUUCAUGUGGUUAACGUUGUGCAUGGGUACCGGAAUGAUACUGAGUUUAUAUUCAAUGGAGUAUUACGCUAGGAUUAAUUGUCCGCCUUACCAAGACGAGUUUUUCGAUUUAUUUAUACCGAGAAGUUGGACUUGUCAUGGCUUAUCUAAUUCUUAAUUCUUGAAGUGUUGAGAUAUUUCAAAAGGAAUAGUACGGUCUUGGCUGAUCAGAAUCUGAGAAUAUAAUAAUGCCGCUGCUAUCGCUUUAGAUAAAAUACAAUUAUAUCUAUACCUAAUAUAAGCUAGUAGUAAGUUAUAGAGAUUGAAGUUUUCUCCAGAAACAAUAACUACGUCGUAAUUGAUAGUUCUUAUUGGAUUUAUCUAUAUUUCGAUUAGAUCUUCUUUUUUUUAAAUCAAUUGGUUUUAGUUGUAAGCUUCACGAAAUUGUAAAGACUGUUAUACCUAAGCUGGAGAAAGCCAUGUAUAAAUAUACAGAACGGGAAUGAUACAUAUGAUAAAACAUAUUUAUAGUGUAUGGGAAUAGUUAUGUUACUGGAAAUAUAUUUGCAAUAAUCAUAAUUGGCAUUUCUGUCUGUUUCAUUUUUCCGUACUUUUUUUUUUUAAGCCGAUAUAGUUAGUAAUUAUAUGUAUAGGUUUGUAAGUAUAGAUUUCUACAAAAAAAUUAACAUAACAAACUGUAAGGUACAAAAGCUAUUGUAUUUGACAAAUAAAUCUAUCAAAAUGUAA